AUGACGGAUACAAAGUUAACCCUUCGUGAAUCCUUACAAGGAUUCCCCGCAUGGCAAAUGAUUGUGGUUUGUCUCAUUAGGUUCUCUGAGCCAAUUGCAUUCACAUCGAUGUUUCCCUACGUCUAUUUUAUGGUGAGGGAUUUUGGAGUAGUUAAAGAUGAAUCAAAUAUCUCCGCGUACACGGGGUAUCUCUCUGCCUCUUUUGCAUUUUUCCAAUUUCUUCUCUGUGUACAAUGGAGCCGCUUAUCGGAUAGAAUUGGUAGAAAGCCCGUGUUACUAUGUGGCUUAGUUGGAACUUCGGUUCUGAUGUUAAUUUUUGGGUUCCUGUCAAACUUUUAUGUGGCACUUUUGGCUAGAUCUGCCAUGGGUGCACUUAAUGGGAACAUUGCCGUUCUUCGUACAAUGAUUGGAGAAAUUGCCACCGAAAGGAGACAUCAAGGGGUUGCAUUUUCGACUUUACCUUUACUCUGGAACUUUGGUAGUGUAAUUGGACCGUUAGUAGGGGGUUCGAAGUACCUCACAAGACCUAAAACUUCGGUUGAUAUUCGUCCUCCUGUACCAGUAAAUGAUUUUUAUAAUAGGUUUCUUGAUAAAUAUCCCUAUGCGUUAUCGAACGUAGUAGUUGCUGCGUUUUUAAUCUUUAGUAUGCUUAUGGGUGCAUUAUUUCUUGAAGAAACUCAUUACAAACUUAAGAAAAGAAGAGAUUUGGGGUUGGAAAUCGGUGAUUGGAUUAGAGGGAAACUUGGAUAUGAUAUCCCUAUCCGUCCUUGGAAUAAAGUUCGUCGAUCCCGUAAUAAAAACUACUUGGUUGUUGAUAGAGAUGAAGAUACCAUAGAACCUUCCAAUGAAGAAGAAAUUUCACCAUUGAUCAAGUCCCAACAAAUUGAUUAUGCUGCAGUUGAUGAUGCGAUCUAUGUAGACGAAGAUGAUGAAGAAGAUGAUGUUAAUUCUUCUGAAUUGGAAAGUCCUCAGGCUAUAGGAUGUGAAACAUCCUCUACAGGAUCUGUUGAAUCGGUUGGCCCUAUCUCUAGAAGAAUGUCCCUGGCCAUCACUAGAAGAUAUUCUUCAGCUCCAUCUUUAAGACCAACCUUGUCAAGAGCUACUAGUGGUGUCUAUUCCUUUAUCACCGAUACUGAAGCCGGUGACGAUGUUGGAGUUAAUGUCAGUGGUUUUAAUUCGAAAACAUUUACAAAGCCUGUCAUUGAAACUAUCACAGCCAACUUUUUGUUGUCCUUUCAACAAUUGGUAUUCCUGGAGUUCCUUCCAGUGUUACUUGCUGGUGAAUUUAUGAGAGAUAAGUUAAAAUUUCCAUUCCAAAUCACUGGUGGGUUUGGUUAUGAAUCUGACACCAUUGGUACUUUACUUUCCACCACAGGGUUCUUGGGAGUAUUGGUGGUGAUUUUUAUUUUCCCACUACUUGAUAGAAAUUUAAAGACAAUUGUUGGAUACAGAUUGUCAACUACUAUCUUCCCCUUUGUGUACUUCAUUUUACCAUUCCUUAUUUUUACUCAUCAUGGAUAUAACCCAAAUAUUCCAUCCUGGGUAUCUAAACUUUCACUCUACGUUUUAUCUGCAGUUGCAACUUUGGCUUCUGCUACUGCCUUCCCUCAGGUUGUGAUUUUAAUUCAUAGAGCUUCACUCCCUCAACAUAGAGCACUUAUCAAUGGUACUACCUUGAGUUUGACCUCACUUGCCCGUUGUAUUGCUCCAUUAACAUGGGGUUGGUUGAUCUCCUUCUGUGAUAGCUAUUCUCUUGGUGAAGUUUCUUGGUGGUUAUUGUCAUUGAUGGCUAUAGCUGGAUUUAUUCAAGCUUUGAACAUGAAAGAAUACAAUGAAGAUUUGAAAACAAUUGAAGAACAAGAACAAGAGGAAGAAACUACAGUGUAA